CAUUUACUAAUAGUCAGCUGAUUUUCAAGUUUUAAAUGAGUACAUUGCUUGAAUAUGAAUCUCAAUUAUUUUUAGAUUGUUACCACGAUGAUGGUCUAUUAAUUUUAGCCAAGGGUUUGGGAAUUAAUAGAAUAUUUUUGAACUUUCUAAAGCUUUACCUUGACCAUGAAAAUUUAGUUAUCAUUUUGAAUAGUUCCCAUUUGGAUGUUGAAUACUUUAUAGACAAACUUAAAGAAGAUGGUGAGAUGUUUUUGCCUAAAAUAAUUAAUAAUGAAACAUCUUCUCAAAAGAGAAGUGCCAUAUAUCUUGAAGGUGGUGUGCUUUUUGUGUCCACCAGAAUUUUUAUUGUUGAUAUGCUCACUGAAAUAAUAUUAAUACCAUCUAUUACUGGAAUACUAGUUUACAAUGCUCAUAAAAUUGCUGGAAAAUGUCAAGAAGUAUUUGCUCUAAAGAUUUUUCGAGAAACAAACAAAAUAGGGUUUAUAAAGGCAUUUUCUGAUGUGCCACAAGCUUUUAACAAGGGAUUUUUAAGUCUAGAAAAUGUAAUGAAGAGAUUGUUUUUAAGACAUUUACAUCUAUGGCCAAGAUUUCAUUCUUCAAUAAUAUUGUUUUUAGAAAAUCAUAAACCAAAUGUUAUAGAAAUACAAAUUAAACCUACAAAAUUGAUGAAUGAAAUUCAGAUUUCAAUUAUUGAACUUAUUCAACUAUGUAUAAAGGAACUAAAGGUAUGUUGCAUGACGGACUCUUUCUUGUUAGAAGAUAUCAAUGUGGAAAAUGUGAUAAGUAGAACCUUUUCCGAUGUGAUAAGAAUAAAACUAGAACCAGCAUGGGAUCAAUUAAACUCCAAGACCCAGAAUUUAAUUCUUUCCCUUAAAACUCUUCGACAUUUAUUGAUCAAUUUGUACAGACUUGAUAGCUCUACUUUUUUUAUCCAGUUUCAAAGUCGAAGAAAGGAAUGUCUAAGUGGGAAUUCUCCCGUUAGCAAAUGCGACUCCCAAUGGAUGCUAGAACCUGCGGCAGAGUUACUAUAUUUAAAGGCUAAAAAUAGGGCCGAAAAUGGUACCAAUCACAAAAUAUCUGGAGAAAACCCUAAACUAAACGUUUUGGUCCAAAUUUUGAACAAAUUAAAAGGGCCGUCAUUUAUAGGACAUAGAGAAGAAGAUUUAGAGAGAGGAAACGAAGAUCAAGAAAUUCAACCGAGUGUAUCACUAGAGAAAAAAAUGAUUUUAAUAUUAGUGAAAGAUGAAAUUAUAUUAGAACAAAUCAGGACUCGCUUAAGUAGACCCAUUUGUCAAGACGAUACUAAUACCACAAACGAAAACGUAGACGAAUUCGAAAUAACGGAAAAUGUUCCCAAGACUAAUGAUAAGCAACGAUUCACAAAAAAACGCAAGGUCAAAAAUGUUCCAGGUACCAAAAGACCCAAAUUGGAGGAUUUGCAGGAAGAAGGGGGUAAUUGUGCACCUACACUUAAUUGUGAUAUUAAUAUUGAAGAAAUGCAUAAAUCUAAUGAACCAAACAGUUCCAACAUCUUCCGAGAAAAUAUUCAAUCAGUAAAAGAAGCAAUUGAAUCAAAUAUCACUUUGCCACCAUCAAAUUUAUCAUUCUAUCCUCACGGUCACGUUAUUCUUUUAUCAAUAGAAACUAUCGGUGAAAACCAUUUGACAAAUAUAUUGGAAGCAUUUGAACCUAGUCACGUUAUAUUGUAUGACCCUGAGUUAACUUUGAUAAGAGAAAUUGAGGUAUAUCAGGCCACCUUACCAUCAAAUCAAUUGACAGUUUAUUUUCUCAUGUAUUCCGAUUCCGUAGAAGAACAGAUUUACCUUAGUUCCUUAAGGAUAGAAAAAGAAGCUUUCGAAUUUUUGAUUCAUCAGAAAGGGUCCAUGAUGCUCCCUUCAGACAUAGAAGGUAAGGAUGAGACGGUUGCUCUAACGGAUAUAUCAGUAUUAGAUAAUAAAUAUUCCAGGAAAUCUGGAGGUCAAAUCGUGCAAUCUUCGAUCUUACAAACUCCCAUCAUAUUGAUAGAUGUUAGAGAAUUUAGGAGCGAACUUCCCUCCUACUUGUAUUCCUUGCCCUUUAUUGGCGAUACUCUAGGAGACGACUCUACUCCUGUUAGGCUCAAAAUUAUCCCCUUGACUCUCCCAAUCGGAGAUUACAUCCUUACUUCUGAACUAUGUGUUGAGAGAAAGACCGUACCUGAUCUGGUUCAAUCAUUUAACACGGGCCGGCUUUAUCAACAGAUUAAAGCGAUGGUGAGAACUUAUGCCAAACCGGCAUUGAUGAUAGAGUUCGAGAACGAUGUUAGACCUUUCAUUUUACAGGCGAGAUCAACAGCAAGAUCUUUAUACUCAAAACCCUCGUCUUUGGCUUGCCAACUAAAUACCGAAAUUUCCGCCCUGGAUAUCCAAUCCAAAUUAGUCAUACUGACUAAACAUUUUCCUUCUCUAAGACUCAUUUGGUGCUGCAACCCAAAAAUGGCUGCCGAACUUUUUUUCGAAUUUAAAGUGGGAAAACCUCAGCCCUGCAUACCUAAUACGAUAGAUAACAAUAAUAAGAUACGUUCUACUUCUGACAUUUUAUACGAUGAAGAUAGUCAAGACAUUGAUUUGCUAAGUCAGGAAGGGGUGAAAAAUGACAUGAACGAUGAAACAACCGUUUAUAAUAUUAAAACCACAAAUUUCGGCCAUUUAGCUUUCGAUAUGCUUUGCAAAAUACCUGGGCUAAACGUUAAAACAGCUAAAAUGUUGGUCAAAAAAUGUCACUCUCUGCUAGAUUUGAGCGGUUUGACAUUGCUAGAUAUUUCACAAACUUUGGGUAACUCAGCAAACGCCGACAAAAUGUGGAACUUUUUACAUAAUACCACCCGGAAAAAACUUCAUUAGUGAUCAUCACAUGAUAAGCUAUAAACUCCCCUCUCGCGAUAAUACCUUGAAUAUACGUGUACUUAUUGUAUUUUCCAAUCGGGUCACGACCCAUUUUUUCAUUUUCCUAUCUAUAUCCGCUUAUAAUACAAAUUAUAUAAAACUAUAUUGGUUAUAAUAGUAUAUAUAUUUAAAAAUUUGUCAUUAUUACUCAAAUGAUCUCAGGAAAAUAAAAAAAUAUUAUUGUAAAAUUAUCAUUUUUGUAACCUUACUAUACUAUCUUAAUAUAAA